CUAAUAAUUUUUUCUCUCCUCUCUCCCUCUCUAGCAGCCGCCUCUCUCUCUCUCUCCUUCCCAUCCGUCUCCGGUGAAAAUGGCCACCACCAAGAGGCAGCCGCUGGCCUCCAUCUCUCCCCUCGCCUCUUCUCCGUUCUCUCCUCUCUCAGCCAGCAGCAACAACAACUGCUCCCACCAGCAGCUCCAGCCGGUGACAGCAACAGCAGCAGCUCCGGUCUACAGCAACGCGAGCAGCAGCAGGCGAGGACACCAGCUCCAACAGCAGCAGCUUAGCGAGGACCACCAUCAGCAACCACUGGACAGCAGCUCCAGCCGGCAACAACAACAGCAACAGCUGCGACCAAGCAGCGGUACCGGCCAGCAACUCCAUCAGCAGCAGACAGCUCCAACCAGUCGGCUGCCUCUUCUCCCCUCUCUUAUUUCCGGACAGCAGCUCCGAACCAGUGAACAAGGCGAACUCCGGCGGUGCUUUUGAAAGUUUCAAGCCAGUCAAAAGACGGAUCUUUAACAGAUCCGUCCAGGUUUUGAACUUGAAGUUCAAGUUGAAGAGUUGCCAUGAGACAAGUUUAUUUAAUUUUUUGUAUUUCGAAUUCGUAUUUAUUAUUUAUUUCAGUUUGUAAUAUUUGUAUAACUCUAAACUCUCCUAUAUAUGAAUUACUUGGGAAUCAUCCAAGGGGGAGGGGUUUAUGUGCUAUUUGCUUAUUUAUUUUAUUGUAAUUUGUGGUAAAAAGCAUGUUUAUAGGAUUGUGAUUGUUUGAGAGUUCGUUUUAAUAAUUUCAUUAGAUCUC